GCGUCGAAAUGAGCCCAACAGAAACUUGAUGACUUUGGCAUAUACCUUUUUGUGCAUAUGGUAAUGGAGUGAAUAUAUCAGUGACUCUGUGUUGUUCAACUUAAUGUUUUCGAUAGGCGAUUGAUUUGCUGAUUGACCAACAGCACGUUUUGGGAUUCUGAGCAAGAGAAACAGACUAAAAUGCAAUUGCAAAGCUCUUUCUUAUAGGUGAGUUCAACCUUACAAACCGACAAGAACAACAAAAAAACACUUUAAAGCUGUAUAAAAUACUUGGAAAAUGGCAGAUUCUAGUACUUCAGUUGUUGAGGAUCAGUUCAGCUGUUCAAUCUGUAAGGAACUCCUGAAGGAGCCAGUGACCAUCCCCUGUGGACACAGUUACUGUAUGAACUGCAUUACUGACUGCUGGAAUCAAGAUGAGCAGAGGAGAGUUUACAGCUGCCCUCAGUGCAGACAAACCUUCACUCCAAGACCUGCUUUAAACAAGAAUGUGGUGAUGGCAGAAAUGGUGGAGAAUCUGAAGAAGACAGAAUUAAGAUCUCGUGUAAAUUAUGCUGAACCUGGAGAUGUUAAGUGUGAUGUUUGCGCUGGAAGGAAACGCAAAGCCGUCAAGUCAUGUAUGCUGUGUCUGAACUCUUACUGUGAAACCCAUUUUGAAUGCCAUGAAGUCUUUCAUUCAAGUAAGCGCCAUAAAGUGACUGAUGCCACUAUACGAAUCCAGGAGAUGAUCUGCUCUAAACAUGACCGACUGCUGGAAGUUUACUGUCGGACUGACCAGAAGUGUGUAUGUUUAAUGUGUAUGAUGGAUGAACACAAAAACCAUGAUACUGUUUCAGCUGAAGCAGAGAGGGCUGAGAAACAGAAUCAAGUUGGCGAAACACGAAUACAAUUACAGAACAGAAUUCAGGAGAAGCAAAACAAGCUCCAGCAGCUGAGAGAGUCUGUAGAGAUACAUAAGAGCUCUGCCCAGACAGCAGUGGAUGAUUGUGAGAGGAUCUUUACUGAUCUGAUCCGCUUCAUUAAGAGACGAAGAUCGAAGGUCACGCAGAUGAUCAGAGAUCGGGAAAAGACUGAAGAGAGUCGAGCUGAAGGACUCUUGAAGAAACUGGAGCAGGAGAUUGAAGAUCUGAAGAGGAGAAACGCUGAGCUGGAGCAGCUUUCAAACGCUGAUGAUCACAUAUAUUUCCUACAGAGUUUGCAGUCUCUCGUCAUCCCUGCUGAAUCUACAGACAGCACGACUGUCAGUUCUCUCCCAUCCUAUGAUGAGGUGGGAAAAUCUGUCUCUGCACUGAGGAAGAAAUUUGAGGAUUUCUGCAAAGAACAGAUGAAAACAAUUUCUGCUUCAGUGAGAUGCAGAAAGCAGAUCCUUCCUACCACUAAUCCCAAAACCAGGGAGGACUACCUAAAGUAUUUCCAUCAGUUUACUCUGGAUUCAGAAUCGGUGCAUAACAACCUCAGUCUGUCCGAUGAGAACAGAGUGGCUGCUUUCACUGCAACAAUGCAUCCGUAUCCUGGUCAUCUGGACAGAUUCGAUACCUGGCCUCAGGUAUUGUGCAGAGAGAGUGUGUGUGGACGCUGUUACUGGGAAGUGGAGUGGAGCGGAAAUCAGGGUGUGGCUAUAGCAGUGUCGUAUAAGAGCAUCAGCAGAAAGGGACGGGGUACUGAGUGUAAAUUUGGAUAUAAUGAUCAGUCCUGGAGAUUGUUCUGCUCUGCCUCUGGGUAUAUAUUCAGUCACAACAACAAGAAACGGGAACUGCCUCUAGUCUCCAAAAUAGGAGUUUAUGUUGAUCAGAGAGCAGGAGUUCUGUCCUUCUUCAGCAUCUCUGACACAAAAAUGAGCCUCAUCCACAGAGUCCAGACCACAUUCACUCAACCGCUCUAUCCUGGGUUUGGCUUAAACCGGAACUCAUCAGUGAAACUGUCAUCUAUGAUUUAGAGUAAUAAUAAUCCCGUAACAGGUAUGAAACGUAGCGCUUGUUUUAUUAAUAAACUCAAAACGAUCUUUAACUUUAUCGUAUACCUUAAGUGUCCAUCUGUGUGUGCAUCAUCUUUAAAUAUUUUACACCCUCCUUUUCACACAUGCGAGAGGUGGGAUUCUGUU